AUGGGAAAGAUCAUCUUCUACGAGGACAGGAACUUUGGCGGUCGCCACUAUGAGUGCUCCAGCGACUGCACUGAUUUCAGCCCCUACUUCAGCCGCUGCAACUCCUGCAGGGUGGAGAGCGGCUGCUUCAUGCUGUACGAGCGCCCCAACUACAUGGGCCACCAGUACUUCCUGAGCCGUGGGGAGUACCCCGACUACCAGCGCUGGAUGGGCAUGUCUGACUCCAUCCGAUCCUGCCGUAUGAUCCCCAUGAUGAGAGGGUCCCACAGAAUGCGAUUCUACGAAAGGAUGGAGUUCGGAGGCCAGAUGAUGGAGCUGAUGGACGACUGCCCCAACAUGAUGGACCGCUUCCACUGGUCCGACGUCCACUCCUGUAACGUGAUGGAGGGCCACUGGCUGUUCCACGACCAGCCCAACUACAGGGGCAGAAUGUACUACAUGAGGCCUGGAGAGUACCGCAGGUACAGCGACUGGGGCGGCAUGAGCUCCAGGAUCGGCUCCAUCAGGCGCAUCAUGGAUUACUGA